AUGGUGGACUUCGUGGCAUCUCUGGAACUUAUACUUCCACCUGAAACAGACAACGAGGACACCAGACAAGAACCAUCACAUGGCCUGAAAAACCAACCGCCACCAUCCCGCCUACAGGCCAAAAAACAACCAGCAUCAACCCCCCGGGAACAAGCACUACUAACAACCUGA